AUGACUACUAAAUGGGAAUUGCCUCCGCUUUUCACAAUCAAAUGUAAUAUCGAUGCCUCUUACGAUAUCCAUACAGCUUUGACGGAGGUAGGCAUGGUGUUACGUGAUCACUUGGGUCAAUUCAUCGCUGGAAAAACAAUAUUCCUCGAUCGUGUUGCUAGCCCUUUGUUGGCCGAGAUCAUAGGAGUGCGUGAGGCUCUUACUUGGUUGAAGGAGCUAUUCAGUACAACGAGGCUUAUUGUGGAAACUGAUAAUCUACUCGUGAGGCAAGCUCUAGAAGGAAUUGAGUUACCAUUUUUCUCUUUGUCGUCUGUUAAGAAAUCAGCGAAUCAGGUUGCUCAUUGUCUUGCUAGAGCAUCUGCUUCUAUGUCUGGUUCGAUGGAGUGGAAUACUUUCCCUCCGUCUCUCAUUACCGAUGUACUUGCGUUUGAUUUGAAUAAUACAUAA